AACUCGAAAUUCAGACAACUGGUUCCUCUCCUCACAAUCUCUCUAAGUCUCUGUCAAUCGGCGACGGACUGGAUCAAGCCGGAGCAAGUAGCCCCAACGUUUCUCUUCUUGAAAUCGAAGAAUAGUUCUUCUUCUUAUUUAGUUUUUGGACAAAGAUUUUGGAAAUGGCUGGUAACGCGGAUACUAGUGCACAGGAUUCAUUAUCAGAAGAAGCCCUUGAGAUGUGGAAUCACGAGAUGAAAUCUGGUCAGCUGCGUGUAGAUAAUUUACAAGCUGACCAUGUAGAUUUCCAUGCUUCACUUGAGGAGGGUUCAGAGGAAGAUGCACGAGACGAAUUAGGUGUUCUAUUAGGUAGGGUCAAGUCAGCUGCAGCAAGCUUGCGCUAUUUGAGAUCAAAAGCUAGAAUCUUGACCGUUCCUGGUAUUUCCCAUCUGUCACUCGGUGCUGAACAGCUUGAACUAGAAGAUUACAGCUCAGUCUCUGAAGUGGCUAAGGACAUUAAUCUUCUGGCUUUUCACAAUCCAGGUGAAGAUACACUGACUGGAACUAGCAUGAACCAGGAUUCCUUGGUUAUAGAGGGUGGAGCUUAUACUUGGAAGAUGCUCCAAUCCAUUCAGAUGGUUACUGAUGUGCUGGAGUCUCUUUUGAGGAGGGUCACCGCGGCAGAAUCUGAAACGUCUUUUCAAAAGGAGAGGGUAGUUAUAGGCGAGGAAGAAAUUCGAAGGAAGACAGUCCAAAUCGAGAAUUUGUCCUUGAGGCUAGAAGAGAUGAAAGAAAUCGUACGUGGGAAUAAAGCUGUUCUAGACGAAACAGUGGAGAUAAUUAAGAAACUAGUUGAAGAUAGUAGGAGAGAUAGAGAAAAAGCUGUGGAAAAUGAAGAGGAGUUACGUCGUGUGAAGGCAGAGUGUGAGUCACUUAGAAAUUACGUCAAUACUUCCACCAGUGUUAGAGAAACACUUGCUUCAUCUGAGCGGCAACUUGAAAUCAUCGAAGCACGGUUGGUGGCUAGGUCGACGCAACUGGAAGGCGAGAAAGCGCAGAAAGAGGUAGAGGUUCAAAAGCUAAUGGAAGAGAACGUGAAGCUAACCGCUCUUCUUGACAAGAAAGAAGCUCAGCUUCUGGCCUUAAAUGAACAAUGCAAAGUCAUGGCUUUGAAUGCUUCAAACAUCUAAUUAUCAGGGCCGUGCCCAUGUUAAGAAAAAAAGAAAUAGUCGCCUACGGGCUUUUGUGAAUAUAAUUUUGUUUUUUAGGAUAUAUUUUGAAUUUGAAAUUUAGUUAUAUUGAUAAA